AUGGAAAUGCUUGACUGCAUGGAGAGAAAGCUGUUUAAACGACUGUUAGGCUACUUUUGGGCGUUGGUAUGCUAUAACGAAGAACUUUGCUCGGAAGUGGACAUGGUGUACCGGCGGAUGGCAUAUGGAAAACGUCAGCUUGUCCGGCCUUCUGAAGUAGUCAUGGAAAACCGUCUUCGCUUCUUUGGUCACGUUAUGAGGAGACCUUCUGAUCGUCUCGCCCGUGUUGUCCUGAGGAUCCUAAUUGGAAGACGCCUACUGGUCGUAAAAGAAAGUUCUGGACGGAGUUUGUGA